ACGUGGAGCACGGGCGGAGUCGAAUGAGCGAUCUGAGCCGUCGAAAUCUAGACGAUGAGGCCGUUGCUGCGUAGGCCGGCGCGAGUGGGCGACUCCUCGUCCUCGACGCAGGGCGAAGCGAUCAGCGGGAAGGAGGCUGCGUCUGCGGCUGAGGGGUUCGUUCCGGUGUGCGUGGGGGAGGAGAUGGAGCGGUUCGAGGUGCCGGCGGAGCUGCUGAGCCGGCCGGCCUUCGCGGCGCUGCUCCACCUGUCCGCUCGUGAGUACGGCUACCAGCAGCGCGGCGUUCUUCGAAUUCCCUGCCCCGGCCCACUUUUCCGCCGCCUCCUACUUUCCCACGGCGAGGCUGAAGCGGAGCUCCUCCGCGCCCUCCGUAACGAAGACGAGUGAACGAUCGCACAGCGAAGUUUGUGCGGCCUCCAGUCGGCUUUUUUUUCCUCCUUUUCCGGUUUUUACCCUGUUCGACUGCUUGAAUUGCAAGCGCAAGUAGGGACAGUGAUGGAAUUUCGUUUAGAAAAUAAAAAAAGUUUUCCAUCUUGUUUGCUUAUUAUGUUCUAAGCAAAUUACAUAUGUUGGCACUCACCAACUAUUAUAAAACGAUGAA